UACGUCCUCUAUCUUUGUAUCUCACUGCUUUGCUGUCAUAAAGUGUCUGUGGGCACAGUCAUGUGUAGGAGCCGGAGUGUUCUGCAGUGUGUGUGAGCUUUGUCCCCUUUUCCUCACUGUGUCAGUGGGAGGAUCAGCAGCAUUGGAUUAACGUGGGGUGCAGAAACUGGCAGCCCCUGGGAGCUGCAGGCAGGGCUCAUGUGUGGCUUAACAUGCAGAGUGUGUAAAGGCAUCAUUCCAAAGUGACUCUAAGCUCAACCACACAAGGCAGGUGAGGUUGUGCAGAGGAAUAACUUUAAGAUUCAUGUGCAGGAAGGAAGGUUGUUGUCUUUUCUCGUGGUGUUUCAAGUGACCCUUCUGACUGGGCCUUACAUUACUGCAGGCCUUGCACUACUUUCUUACAGUACUUUAUAAGAUGUGUGUGUAUGUGGCUGUGGCUUUCCAGAGGCCUCGCAGCAAUAGGUUGUACACGUGGUGCAGCCGUGCUCAGGUUUUCCCAGCAGUGCAGCACCCAGCUGUACCGAGUGGAAGUGGAAAGGUGCCGGUACGGGAGGGCAGAGCGUGUCCUGCGUGUCCUCUGACAUCGCAGCAGCAAACAGCACGUUUACAUGGGGAGAAGGGAAGGCUGAGCACGUAGGGACGCGUACGGGGCAGGCAGAGCGAGCAGCUGCGUGCGGGCACUGCGUGUAAUGAGAUGCUGCCCAUCGCGACCCUCCGUGCGGUUCCUCCCUCCGCAGGGUUUAGGGGCUGCCGGGUGCGGGGCUGGAGCGGCGUCGCUCCGGGCAUCGAGCGGCCGCCAGGGGGCACCGUCCGCCCUCCGUGGGCCGCGGGGCGCGCAGGUCGGAGCGGCGCGGCUCGGCUGGACUCGGCUGCCCCGGAGCAACAACACCGGGAGCAGCGCGGGGCGGCUGCGGGGCGGCCGGGAAUAGAGACGGUCCCUUCCUGCCGCGUGCGGGGCCGGAUGGGCCGGCGGAGCAGCGGGGAGGGCGGGGGGUGGAGAGGGGGCAGCAUGGGAAGAGCCUCCAAAUUCACCGAGCCGGGUUUGCAGCGGGAGCUGCCCGGCUCAGGGGUGGGGACCGCCCGCUUCCUUAAACGGAGCGGGGAGCGGCGGAGCUGCCCCCUGUGCCGCCCCGGUGUGCGGGGCCGGGCCGACACAACCGGGCCGCGGCCGCAACACGUGGAACAAACAAACUUUCGAGGGAUGUGGCUGCAGCCGGACGGAAACUGCGCCGCGUCGGGACCGCGCCGUCACGUUGCACGGAGCAGCUCGUCUCUUUCUGGUUUGAUGUUUUUGGGUGUUUCGUCGCCGUUAUUUUCCCUUCUCUUUUUACAUGGCUGCUUUGGGCUCUUUGGUAUUUUCCUUUUUUUUUUUCUUCUUUUUUCCUCCCCCUUGCCCUGCUGCUGCUGCGUGUUGGGUCGGGACUUUGAAAUCACGCUGGGGCGAGCGCAGCGCCUGGGAAGCCGACAGAAAUGUUGCAACGUCCCUGGUGGCAACGAUGUGAUUAUUUGUUUCUUUUGCCUUUUGCGAGGGCAAAGAGGAAGGAUGGAAAACAAAUCUCGAUGCGAUCGAUACCAGCUUCAGUAUCCGCCCGCGAGCGGUCGGGGCCCGCGGUCGCCCGCAGCUUCUCCGCACGGACUUGAGCCGAUCCCGAGCCCUUCCCGGCCGUAACCCCGCGGACCGGCGGCCCCGGGGAAGGGGAGGAGGCCGGGGGUCUCCUCGGCCCGUUCCCCCGCUCCGUCUCCCCCGGCUAUUGUCGGGCUCGGGCUCUUUGCUCUGUUGGAAGCUCGCGGCGUUUUUUGCUCUCCGCGCACGAAGUUCCCCGGUCUGUGCGGUGCCGAGUCACGGCGCGUUGCGGGCCCGGCCCGGGCUGCGGGGAGCCGGCAAUGGGGGAGGGGGGCGGCGCGGGGCUCUGCCUCGGACCGGGGCGGUGGCUGCUGCUGCCGGGGGGUCCCCCGUGGCCGCGGGGCGGGGGCCGGGGCUCGGCGCUCGCGAUAGACACCGGCCGGAGAAGGGAAUUAAAAGCUAGUUCAAUAAAAAAAAAUCGCGAUCCGUGCCCGAUCGGGCGAGCUGAGGGCUGGGUCUUUGCGGGCGAGAUGAGAGGUUCGUGUCUUCAACUGGCCUACAAAGUCCCAGUUCUCGGCUCCCAGGACCUGCCGGGCUCGCAGCGGGCGAAGACGGAGCGGUUGGGGCCGCCGCCCCCGGGACCCGGCCUCAGCCGCCGCCUUCCCGUUCCCGGCUCCCCGCGGGCCGGAGCGAUGGGACCGAGUUCGUUCUCUGCGGAGUGAACAUUUCAACUGCUUUUCUUAAAGCUGAAUUCUAUGUAAAGGAGAAGUGACUAGAAACCCCAAACUGGGUCCCAGGUCUUGCUUAACUCUGUAAUGCACACUGACUUGCUGACGCGACUCCAGUUAAGGUAUGGUAUGAAUCGGGAACUCCAACAGCCGCUGUGGAAUGAGUGCGUUCACAUGAAGUCAUCCUGCAGCAGCUAUUGCAGAACAGUCAACUGCUCUGUGUAAGCAAGCCCUAAAAGACAAGCCUGGUCCCAGUGGUUGUGUGACUAGGUAAGGGAGGUACUGGGCACAAGAAAGGCACCUCCUUUCUGCUAAGGACGGGCUGGGAGCAAAGAAACCCGUGCUGCUCAGGGCUGCCUUGCAGACCACUGCUUUGGGAGUGCCUUGAUUCAGGACUUUCUGCUUUGACGCCUUUGAUUUCUGAGACUGGCCCAGCAUACAAAGCCAUAGACUGUUUCCUCAUUUAAACAAUGCAGUGUCUUUACCUGAUACUGGAACAAGAUGGAAGGGAUUGAAUGCUUCCCCCGCUGAGACACGUGGAUGGAAUGGAUCUGCUUUUAAUCCAGUGUCUACCUACCCAAUGAACAGAAGUGCCUCCACUACUUACAAGAUGGAGAACAACAACCGACUCUUAGUACUGGAAACAGGAAGAUCCAGAAGGGGUUUUCAUUCCUAUGUUACAAUUUUUAUCUUUACUAUUCACAUCUUACUCAAAGUAAGAAUAUUUAUAUGUUAAAAUAAACCUCUUUUUGCUUUGUAAUACUGGAUUGAGCCUGCCCAGCUUCUUCCUAUCACAGCUGUGCCCCAUGGAGAGAACCCAGUGGUGGAUGAUGGUCAGAAGGGCCCCUAUGAAUGCAGGGAAUGCACACAUAGCAGUCCUGCAGCUCGUCCUGAAGCUGGUGCAUGGAUGAAUGGAUCAUCUUCUCAUGUGCUAUGGGAACUCUGCCUAUAUAAAUGUCUGACAAACUCUUCCAGUGCUUUAUAACUUUGUGUCUUCUACCUUCUGGUAAGCCACAAUUUCCUGCUUAUGCAUCUCUGUGGAAGAAACCUUUCAUAUAUGUGACUGCAUGUGCUGAAUAGGAGAGCAAGAAGAGUUGGUGUUAUUUUUAUCCUAUCUGUUCUCAAAACAGCUCUCCCAGUCAUACACCCCUCCAACAGCCUCUCAGAGCGGAGGGCAGGUGCAGAGAGAGCCCUGUGGGGACACUUGGUCCUUGGCCAGGGGCUGGCAGGCAGGAGGGCUCCUGUGUGCCCUGCAGGUGGGAUCCUGCUCCAUUUCACUGCAGGACAUUCUAAGCAGAUCUGUGAGUCCCAUUGUCUGUGCCCAGGCCAAAGCACUAAGAUUUCAUGGACCAAUUUGGCUGUUCCUUUUGAAACAUCACUGUCAUUUAGCACCUCCAGCCUGGCUUGGAAAACACAGAAAUACCUAAAAUAAAUGUUUUGAAAAGUACACACAGGCAAUCAUGAUUUUUUCAGUCAGUCUCAAGUGAUGCCAUCCACUUCCACUCUGCUUAAGUGCUGCCCUAGACUUGUUGAAGUUGCCAUCCCUAGCGUAUGCUAAGUAGUAUGAACAUUAAAAUAGACCCUGCCAAAAUAAAGCAUCCCCUACUCCCAUGCAGAUAAUUCUGCAUGGAUAGCAGAAGAUGUACUAAGUCUGAGCCACCAUUCAUAUUUCUUUGCUCAUCUAAGCAAUUGCACCAGCAUCUUUCAAGCACCAGCGCUCCAGGCUGCAAGGAGUCUCUGGCUGCAGAGCACCUUUCUGUAUCGCCCUGUGAUGUUAUCAACUGCUUUCAGUGCACAACAUCUGCCUGGAAUAAUCUAAUGUGGUACUUUCAGUUAAAUAGAAAUUGUAUGUCAGCCACAUGAUCUGAAUUAGACCAGUGCAGGAAAUAACAUUCUGCUGGCAAAUUUGGUGCCUUCUUUCAAUGGGGCCCUUUGGUACUUUGCUGUAGUUUUUGAUGGAUAGCUGUUUUAUGGAGGAAAUAUGGUUAUUAAGGCAAACUUUCUUCAUUAUUUAAACUACUUUGAGCAAAACUGAAGAAAUCUAAGCUGCCAAGCAAGCUUUAGUUUUAGUAGAUUACUGCUGGGCUUUGUCUUUUUAAUUAGGCCAGUGCUGAUCAAGUUCUUGAUCUCUUGCUUUCUCUAAGCUCAAAAGGGACCUCAUUCACAUACGAAGAGUAAAAGCAGAGAAUUCAGAGUGGUAGGAAUCCAGUUUAUAAACUAGGUAAGCUCGGGGAGAGGGGAACAAUGUAUUUAUUAGUCUGCAAUUAAGGGAAAGCAGUGAAGUUUUCUCUGAACAACUCAGACUCCUGCAGUUUUCAAACACACUGCUAGUUCAUCCAUCAUCCACUUCUUCCACAGUGGACCGACAUGCCCUAAUCAUUGCCAGCAUAUAUACAAGAAGCAUGUUUAAUCAUUACAUCAUAAAUUGGAACAGAACUGAACUAAUGAUACAGCAGGGACCUAAGGCAUUUUCAGUGCUCCAGUACACAGGACAGGGUUUGACCAUCAGUCUGUAGGCAGAAGGGCUGUCACAGACAGUCAGUCACAAUAUAUUCUGAUCUUUUGGUCAGCACAGAUGCUACCUGCAGUACCAGCCUUUGGCCCCAUGACUGAUGAGAAGCAAAUCUACGGAUUCCAGUCCUUGUACUUCCAAGUUGUUAUGGCUCGCUAUUAAAUGGGGAAAGGAAGCCAAAGGAAAUCAUGUGCAUUGGAGUCAAAUACCAUUUUUAGGAGUGGGAACUGCAUGAGUAUUUCACCAGUGAUUAAAAUAGCCAGGGACCAGGGCACACUAAUGAUUAAUGAUCUCUUUCUGCAAGCUGAGGACAUGUCCUACAGAAUCCGGCCCUCCUGAGAGACAGUCAUGAAGUACAGUUUGGCCGUAUUUUAAAGGCAUGAGCAAAAAUUGGUAGGUGAGCAUUUUUUUAAUGUUAUGGAUCUGCUAUGUCAUUUGGCUUGAAUUAUUGGCCGCUAUUUUGGAAGCAUGUGGCACAUAGAAGUAGCUCUUACCCAACCUGGUGCAGCCACACCACUGUCCCACUCCCAGCACAGGCAGGAGUGCAGGCUGAGAAGUUACACUAAGCUCAGUGCUGCAGGUGGAACAAGGCCAUCUACACACACUCUAAAGCCAUAUGUUUUUUUUCCUUACCUUGUUCACCUUCUGUGAAGGCAGCUCUCCUUAGCAGGACCACAGCACUCUCCUGAAGAUACAUCCUGCAUGCUGCUUUAUGGGGAACUUGGAGGCUUGGACUUCACCAUGUCCCAAUGGCAGCAUAGAGGAGGGCAGCUCAGGGCCCAGCCCCACUUGUGAGGCCCCACCAGCCAUCCUCCAUCCCUUCACUGUGUAGCAGAGAGCACUGCUGCAGUAGGAGGCCAAGCAAGAAGCUGUAUGAUCCCUAUUGACAUACCUGCCCUCUUACAGCAUCACGCAGACACCCCUGAUUUGUCCCUCAGAGAUAUCAUUUUUCCUGCACAGAAACAACAUUACAAGGCAUUACUACAAUGAAACUUCAGUUUCAAGUGAGGAACUUCUGGGAGUUCCUCUUUCUUUUCUUUUUUCCCAGCUGCAGGGAAGGGUGAAAACUAUCAGCUAUAAAAAUAUUACAGUUUGUGCUGUUAAACAAAUCAUAUUUGUCAACAGGUAGCUGAAUUACGCCCAAUUCCACUGAGAGCCAAAACUGAUCGUUUUUCCCAAUGCUCUUGUACAGUAACAGCUGGCAGAACACUGUCAAACAAAGCUGGGCUGGGCUGAUAAAUAAACCAACGAGCCUCAGUGUAGGAGACACACCAUCUCAUGGAGAGACUGCAGCUCAUGCUGGAAUUGUUGAACAAAUGCUUGUUAACAAUCUACACACAGGCAGAGAGUUGCUUUAUGAAAAGGUGCUAGAAAAAUGUUACCUGAAUAAGACACAGCAUUCCUAGUGUUAUCAACCAGCCAGGUUUUAGGUCUCAGGGUACUAAAGCACACCAGCAAACCUGCUAACAAUGUUAGCAUUUCUUGUUCAUUCCAAUGGAGAGUCUGGUCACUGGAUUCUGGAUGAGUGGAAAGUCCCAACAAGUUCUAAGAUACAGCCAGGCAACCUAGAAAGCAAACAGAGUGAAAUCUAUUUCUAUUAUUUGUUUCACAGCUCCCAAAUUCUGUUGGAGAGUUUUCCACUCUUCAGUUGUUUCUGAAGCAGGAGGAAACCUCUGAUUGCAGAUGCUGUGUUCCCUCUAAGCCAAUCAGACUACACUGUGCCAGGUGGGAGAGGGAAGGAUAACAAGUGAAAAUGCCCCAUCAGGAGAUACAGCUUCACCUUUGAGCUCAGAGCCUCGUGCAGCCAGCAUGUAAUGCUCUGUGUUUUGUACUUAACACCACUCUGGUUUUGUCCUUGCUCUGCAGGCAUUUUAUUUUUAUCAUGGGUAAGAAGAGGAAUGAGCACAGGGCUGCAAACUCCAUCUUGGUGCAAAUAAACCUGCAGGAGAUUAAAUUAGGGACCUAAAGACUGAAUAUUAAAACAUUUCAAACUUUGGAGUUCAUUGAAAUAAGCAGUUGCAAAACAAAGCAGUCUGACAAAAUUAGCAGGACCAAAGUGCUAAAGGAAUCCACUAAGGGUCAUUUAUUUACUGAUGCAGAUUUAAGAGAACUUCUAAAGUUAUUUGUAUUAGUGGCUGUAUAUGUCAACAUGCUAUUUCCUCUAUGCAUUUUGAGUCCAGAUUAGCUAAAGUUUUAGGUGUUGGCAGACUUGCUACAAUAGAAGGGAAAUGCCACUGGAAUAACUUUAAACAUGAUCCAAUCCCUGAUGAUUCAUUGGAUGUGUUAAAAUUUCCUUUGAGACCAUGUAAGUAAUGCAGGGACUGGAGUGCAGAGUGCCUGUGACUCAGCUCUCUGCGAGGCAAAGGGAGGAUGUCAGAAUUACUCACUGGGACAGGAGGAAUCUCAUUUAUCUAUUUAUAGGCAAGGCUGAGAUGAGCUCGUGCCAUUGAAGAGCUGAAUUUGCCAGUUCUCUUGGGGGGGUAGGAAAGGGGAAGGCCCUCCCUAUAGCCAGUGGGGCUGCUUCCAAACCCAAGGACUCUGGCCAGCUGCAUUUUCUUGUCCUCGAAUGAGCAGCAUGGUGCUCCUGGUGCAGACCUGUGGGAGCGCAGAGCAGCCCCAGCCCCUGGACUAGCUGCUGCUCAGCCCCUGCUCCAGUGGGGCUGCAGGACCGGGAGGUCCCAUGCCCUGAAGUCAGUGGGCUCUUCCCACUGCAGGAGCAUCCCUGCAGCAUGUGUGUAUGUCAGCCAGCUUCAUUUAAGAGAUGCAGAUUAGAGGCCAGCACCUGAUUUGCCAAAAGCCUGUUUACUGCUUCUCUUCAAAGAGGUACAACAUCAUUCUCCAUGUGGGCAUUUUGCCUAACAGGGCAAUCAGAAAAGGAAAGCUCCAGGGGACAAAGUGGGGAGCUGAGCACACUGCCUGCUUCCAGCCUCUGCACAGCCUGCAAGGCACUGACAGUGUCCGGACAGCAGUUCCUGAAGGUGUGCUUUCAGCCAUGUCUGUUCAGGUUUGGGAGGUGAAAGACAGUCACAUUUUGGGUAAAAAGCAAGAGCUCAAACCCACAGCAAAACGAUUUAGUGACACUGCUUUUCUGAUACAGCCAGCACUUAGCAGCACACCCUGCAGCUUAAUUUUCUUACUAAGAAACAAACCACUCCACAGUAGGCACCACACACCGCACUGCUCCAUCACUGGGAACACCUUUGUGCUGUUGGUCUGGGCUGUUCUUUCCAUUUCCUGCAUUUAGCUGCUGUGUCUAACUCCCUUCCCAAAAAAAGAAGUUAUCUAGGAAGGCAGAGCUCUGGGUUACUGAUCCAGCCUCCUACUGUUACAUUCAAUUACAUCAUAUCAUGCUUUUUGGCAGGCUGUCCCAGCACUUCAUUUAAAAUUUUCAGCCUUAAUAUCAUUUGUUCUUGUGCCAGCAUCAUAAUUUAGUUUAAACAAUUCUCUUUUUUCUCUGAUCUUUACCUAUCAGAUAUAUUUACUGAAAACAAUCCUAUCUCCUCUAGCCUUUGUUUUGAAAAACUAAACAAAUGAAACUUUUCUAGUCUCCUCUUGUUCUAAACCCUCUGAUCAUCCUCAAUGCCCUUCUCUGUACCUGCUAAUCUUCCUCGAACAUGAGUGGACCUGUACCUUCUAGGAUUGUGUUUGCCUCUCCAUAUCAGAUUGGUGGCUCACAGUUAUCCCUGGGAGCAAGUAAUUCUCUUUGUUUUUUUUUCCCACCCCCUGCCUUUGUCAUCUUCAAGUGAGUAAUAUGAUAUUCUACUUAUUAAUUUCUAAAUGCAUGUCUUAAUACUUUGUCUGUUCUAUUUCAGAUUAAUUCUGUCACUCACUCUUUGCUGACUGAUGUUCUGAUCAUCCUCUCUAUUAAGAAAGCCCGUGUUCUCAGCAGAUUUCUUUACUACAUUCCUACUGCUGUGCCAGACUCGUUAAUGAAACAAGCAAGAGUGAGCUCAACACUGACUCCUGAGGAGUUCCACUUACUGACUGCCUCUGUCUGGCAUUUCUUCUCUCCUCAGAGCUCCCCUUUCCUCUACACUCCAACAGUUUUGCAUUCACCAUCCACACUAAUCCCCAUCGUCUCAACUUCUACCAGUAAUUUCCCCUGUGGUAUAAUAUCAGAUUCUUCACUCGAGUCUGGAUAGAGUAAAUCACCUGUAUUUCAUUUGCCUAAAAAAAAAUCAGUCAUCAAAGAGAAAUAUCAGGUUAAGCUGAACUCAUUUAAUGUGCCAAAUCCUGGGAUGGAAAUCUGCCAGUGCAACUUCACCUGAGCACACUGAAUUCUUCAUGCUUUUCCUUCCACCUUACAGGCGAUCAUUUUCAUUCCCUUAUGUAUAUUCCCACUAGAAAUCCUGCCUCUGUCCCACUGCUCAGCACGAUCAUCUCUACUGAAAAUGUGGACGAAGUGUUCUUAAUUCAUUUUUAGACCACAUGUAGAUGGGUCUCAUCUCAGCCCCUUCUCACUCUAUAAUGACCACAUUUCUCCUCUUUUGAUUUCUCUAGUUGAAACCCUCAGCCAUCUGUUCUAAUUUCCUUUUCAAGUCCAAUUCACAAGUUCACUUUCGACAUGUUUUAUUCUGACUCUACCUUUCCCAUCUCAGCAACUUCGAAUUGGAUGACUAAAGCAAAUGCUGCCUCCAACCUUCUGCUCCACCACUCUUCUCCAGUGCCACCCUUGUGGCAGUAACUCAUCAGGCAGGUCCAGAACUGCUGCACUGAACACGUCACUGCAGUGGCUGUUCAGGACCUGCAGGGUAAGGUGCUUUGUCAGCCCUGUGAUAAGAGCAAUGGCCUCCAUCAAAGAGCAGAGCAGAGCAUCGUAUUCUGUAGCAGUUUCUCUCCAGACAUCUGAUUUCAAUACCUAGCUGCAUGCCAGCAGAAUACCCUCAUGCCAAUCAGAACUUCUGCAUAUCAGUUAAUGCUCUCCAUGUGUUUGGGACUGGUUAUUUAUCCUACUGGGGUUGGAAUAUUUCCUAUCAGGGUUAAUCUUCCUGCAUGUUUCGGCUAGUUUUAGAAUCCAAGUUCCAUCACAUUCAGUGAUGCACUCAGUUCUGCAGUGCAGCUGAUUCCACUAAUUAGCCCCCUUAAUUUCCCAACAUUUGCCCUCUCUGAGAUGAGUGUGUUUUGGUGUGUCACUACAGAAGCUGUUGAAGAUUCAGUCCUAAUGAGGUGCCUUUAAAAGCUCAUGUUUCUUACCCAGAGUCCUCAGAGGCUUUGGCUGACUCACAACUUGGUGCUUUAGAGACAGUGAAAGAACUUCCCUUUGUGCAUGAGACAGACUCUGUAUCAUCUUAUCAUUGCUCAAUAUUACCCAGUAUUGUCAUUCUGUAUCCAGCUGAGACAAUACAGAGCCUAAAAGGUCACAUUUCAGAAGAUACUGCACUGGAUGGAGAAUCAGUUAAGUCCCUAAAGUGUAGUCCAAAGCUUCCUACCCUCACUGAGAUCACUGCAGCACUUUGCUAAACCAGAUUUGCUUACUAGAAAACAAGAUGUCUGUAUCAAGCUAUUUGCAUUGAAUUCUGCCUAUUUCCUGCAGAAAGUAAAGCCCAUCAAGACUGCAGCUGACCAUUCCUAGACAUGCAGGCAAGGAGCAGAAGCUUAGCAUAGACUGCUUAUAAAGCACCAGCACAAGAGAGCCAUGUCCACAAGGGACUUCUGAAAAAUGCACAGCACCUUUAAAAAUCCAAGCCUUACUGCCAGGACUCUGCAUGUGACACGUCCUCUCUUUACCUGCUUCCUCAGCUGCACAAUACAGCAGCACUGCCCUCUUCCCAAGCCAACAUGCGAGUGAUGCAGCCACAGUGCUGGGGCCAUGUUGCCAUCUAAGACAGAUGGAAGAUGUCUUCCGCUGCCAAACUGGUGUGUGUUCAAACCCUGUAGGAAGAGCUGAAAUGGCAGAGCAAAGUAAAUUACUCUCCUCUAUUUCAAGGGGAGCAAAUAAGCCCCUUUCCCAAAACAUGUCUGCCCUGAAUGCUCCCUGCUCUGCUGGGCACCUACUGACCUUGGCAGUGUCACAGGACUCGUGUUGUUCUGAAAGAGUAACCUCCUUGUGAAGAGGCUCAUUGCUUUGGGAAACACAAAGCAGUCUUGUCCUCCAAGUGUCCAAGCCUUCUUUUCACGUCUGUUUAUUCCUUCACUAGCAUUUAUUUUUGGCCCUGAAAAAAAAACAACCACCACCACACAACUCCACAUUAAAGGGAUGGUGUCCAGUUAAAACCCGCAUACUGCACCACCCCUUUGCACCCCUCUGCAGGGGAAGGCAGCAAGGAGACCAACAAAAAAACUGUCUCCUGUUGGGCACAAAACUGCCUUUGCUUUCUAGUGAAAAGGCAGCAGAGCAUCCUCAGAAUCAUGGAGCACAUUGGUCAAACAGGCACAAUCCUGCAUGCCUGAGGCUUGUUUGUAUACAGAAUCACAAAUUCAAGGACCAAAUUUCCAUUGAUCCAGGAAAAUCUUUCUAGUUGAUAUUAUAAAAGGAGCCCAGGAGAGCAAGACACCAAUGUUCCACAAUGUCACACCGAGUUUGUGAUGUGUGUAACUCUUGGGCAAUCCCAGCCCUUGCAACACGGCUUAUCAAUGAUAUAAAAUCAGAAAUACAGCUUCAUGCUGCUUCUGUGCUGACUCCACAGCUGUUCAGGCUACUAGAGCAAGAACAUGGCUUCUUAUGCAGCAUAGAAAAGGUUAAGAGGAGCAGCAGGUGAUUGUUGCCUCCUGAGGCCAGUGCCAGCUGCACUUAACCGCUGCUCAAGGCCAGUGUUAAGGCAAACAAAAGCACUGGGGUCACCAGCAGAAUAUGCUCACCUGUUUGACUUUGCAGAGAAGUAAUCACAGCCAGUGCCAGCUUUGUGCCUGUCACAACGCUGAGAGCUGUGACUGUGUGUGGCCUGAUGCAGCUGCAGAAGGGCUGUCUAAAGGCUCACAAAGCUGAAGUCUGAGGCACAGAGUUCAAGUCCAAGGUCCUGUAUUGACAGUGUGUGUGGUCAAGACCUGGGUUCCUAUUGGAAGAAGGAGAGAAGGAAAGCAGGAUUGCAUCAUGAGCUCUUUGUACUGGUUCUGAAAGAGCAGUUGUGCUUGCUGGCAAUAUCUACAUCUUGGACCACCCAGCAGCAUCCAGCACCCCGGGUCAGGUAGCUGUGCUCCAUUCCUUUAGCACCAUGACUGAGUUGGGCACCUGAGGACAAAGUUAUUAAAGCAGUCUGCUCUCAAGACCUCUGUGACAGCAACUGUAUCGCUGUCUGCUUUCACUGAGGUCAAUGGGACUCUGGCCACAGGCCUGAUUCAUCUCUCUCCUAAAUCAAUAGAUUAUCUUUCAAGUCUAUUGGCUCCUAUGAGCUGUCAAGCCCUGGAUGAACACUAUGGCAUGGUUCAGCCAAAAGAAAUGGGGGACAUGAUGGAAAUUGAAACCUCUGGAAAGAUUUGGCCUAUCUUGUAUGCUUAGCAAGUCAGUAGAACAUGAAUACUGCAUCCAUCACUCAGAGUAAGUGCUUCUGGAUGCUUGGCUGACUUUGGCAAGGGGCACUUUGAAAGGGAUAAAACUGCAUUUUCAUUGCUGAGAACCUUCCUACAGCAUACAAUGUGGCCCAUGGGAUGCUGGCAACCUACUGGUAUCGUUUUUAGGGACUACAUAGGGGCUAACACUGCUACACUGUAUAAACAAGUGCUUACCCCUGAAUAUCAGGUUAGUCCAGAAGGGAUUUACAAAUGCAUAGAUGGCCAGAGGUAGGCUGUCCUCCAAUCAGUCUGUGACUCUAGAUAGAAAAGAAAAAAAAAGAUGACUUUGUACUCUUCCAAUUACCUCCAUUUCAUACAUAAUUAAAGUAAUCACAAAACCAGAUGCAUUAUAUCAGUAACUGGCAAAUUAAGAAUUCGGUCACGGUUGUUCAGGAACUCGCAGCCUCCGUGCAAUACCAAUAAUAAUUAUUUAUAGCCUACUAUGCAAGGAAAUUAGUCCAGGAGAACUGACUGAUUAUAAGGUAGAACAGUCACCCCAAGGGAGAAGUUCAGUGCAAUAUGAAAGGUGCAAGACAUCAUACCAUUUUCUUGUCCUGUAUUAUAAACUUUACUGCAAGUAGCAUCCUUGUAUUUUGUAUUUUGUACAGAGCACCUCAGUUCCCCUGUAACAAACACCUAUUAUAUUCCUGCUGAAUUUCACUGAAUUUACUCCUGAUUUAUACUUAAGAUCAGAAGCAGAUCCACAUUGCUGCUUCCUAUACAAAUCCCUGAGCUGCUUACUCACAAGGAUGUACAGCUUCACAAAAGAAUGAGUUGAGAGAAUGAUCUGGGUGGCAGACUGUUAGUUCUGAUGGAAUUACCAUGACUAGCAUCUGGAGAAGCUGAAUGCAGCGCUAACUCAAGGUACAAGAAAGCUUCAGCCCUUGAAAAGAGCUAACAAAGACGAUGCACAGAAAGUGGGAGGUAGCAAAGAUAGAAAAUCUUUCUUUGUCAAAAGAACUCGUGCUCUGCGAGUUGUGAAAACAAAUGAUUUCCUGUGAUUAAUACCUGCCUCCUCUGCUGAAGGCAUCCAUCUCUGCUUGGAUCAGAUACUAGUAAAGCAAAGCUCACCUCUUAGGAAAGAAGGCUUUCCAUUUUGUUCCUGCUAACAUUCCUCCUCGCCAUUGUCCCUGCAUGGCCCUGCAACCAUUUUAUGAUGCAGGCCCAACAUAACUCACAGUACUUCCCAUUAUUGUGCACCACAAGUGUUAGCAGAGCCCUUUUUGUGGUAGAUAGCAGCCCUCAGACACCCCAUGUUUCCUGUUCAACUGGAGCCAAUCACACACUAUUUGGUACCAAAACUGAGUUCCUAAUUAAUUUACACACAAUGAGGCCAUUGUAACGAUAACGUAAUGGAGAUCAGUCCAUUAGCAAAAAGUGUGGAUAGAUUAUUUUCUUCUAAUGCUUCCAUCAAUGUUAAGACCCAUUAAUCAUAUUUUAAGAAAACAACCUUAAACUUACACAUUAUUUGUAGGCAUUUCUAAUGGGAUACCCAGCCAGCCCUGCUGUUCAGCAAGGAAAUCUCUGCCAUGCACUGAGCAGAACUGGACUUUUAGCACAGAGAAGAUUGCACAAGUGGUCCAACUCCACUGAUACUCUCUUUAUAAAGUGAGAAUAUAACAGUUUUAACGAAUAGGAAAUCAAGAUUGAAUGCAACAUGUUCUGAAGGAGGGCAACAUUCCUAGCAGCUGCUGAAAGGGAAGUGGAAUUCAUAAAUGCCUCCUUCAUCUUUAUCAAAUUACUAUUCGGCGCAGUUACAUUUAUUAAUAACAACAUCCCUUAAACCACAUUGUAAAAAUCCAUUAGCAAGAAAUGCUUUAAAAUGUACAACAGGCUGCAACAGAUGGUUUAUCAAAGGCUGAAACAAUUCCACAGUGUAAGCAGAGUGGGCAUUUUUAUGGGCUGCCAACCGUGCCAGAGUAUCAUUGUGAUAUAUUCACAAGUGGGAUGUUUGUGCAGUGUAACUAAAACUUUCUCUUGAAUUCAGUAAUCCACACAGCCAAGAGGUAAUGCAAACUCAUACCGUGCUUUGGAUCUUUUCCCCUCACUCCCAUCCAUACCUGUGCCUAGAAAUGCUGCCAGCAGUUCCAGAGCUGUCUGAUGCAGCACUGAGUGAGCAGUACCACAGUUCCCACUGCUCACACAGGGAUUGCACAUUGACUCCUCCAUAACCAACCCUCAUGAGAAGAACCCUCAGAGAGGUCACAACUAUUCAAAUCCAUGAGAGUCAACCCUUGCAGGACCAGCCUGAAGCCAACCACCAUAUCACCCUUCAAUUUUUUAACACAGUUUGCCCUGGAAGUUUACAUAUUCCCUUCUUGUUUCCUUACUUCAUCUUUUAAAAGCCAACAGUUUGAAUGUCAAUCACUGCUGAGCAAUCACUGAGAGGGUAUGAGAUACGGAGGUGAAAUCCAGAGGAGGGAUUGUCAUCAUCCUGGUGGCAGAAGCUGCCAGCCAUGCCCAUUGUGCACAUCCUGCACCACUGGAGAUGUGCACACAUCCCAGGGGGGCUGUUACAGAAGAGCUGCUGCUUUGCCCUGCUCUCAGUUGCUUCCAGUUUGCAGCAGAGAACAAUAAUGGCACAGAGAGCGCAGCAUUGCUGUGUGCUCAUUCCCCAGCAGUGACUGUAUCUGUCACAGCCUCCUGCUGUAUCAGGGCAAUGAUGUUUCUGAAGGCAUUUUCUUUGUUGCUGAACAAGGCGAAGUCUGAGCCUGGGAAUACAGGAGAGGCAAAGGGACAGAGUGAGGGAUGUGAGUGCAGCUGGGUACAAGUGGACAGCAGUGCUGGCAGAUCAGCCCGUGCACAUUCUCCUUCCAGAUCUGAUAAUUCCCUACUUCUAUAAAAACACACCCAAAGCAGAGGUCACAGGGUGCCUGGGGCAGAUAUGCAGACUGCAGCCCAAGUGCAUCCCAGUUCCCUGGAGGGAAAGGUCCCUUCACACCUGCAAGCUGUACCUGUAUCUCACCCCAGCAGGACAGGCAGACUGUGCCUCCACCAACCGCUCACCAGCUCCAUCCGUCCCCAUGGUGCAUUCCCCUUAGGAGAGCAAAAGGGUGGCAGAACAAAUCAGUGGCAGAAUGCAUCUUCUGUAACUGCACACGAGUCAACUUGUUAAGCUGAUGGUUUCUGUCCCAGCUGAGGUUGAAACUCCAUGAUUACUCUUGACCGAGCAUAGCUAGAAAACACAUAAUUACAUGGGCCAAAGCACAGAGAAUGGUGCCCACUGCUUCACUAGUAAAGUGCAGCACAUGAGGGGAAAAGAACCACUUGGAAAUGAAGUAGAUGUUCACACCUCACCACAUCCUCUCUGCUGAGUUUAUGGCUUUCAGGCCUGGGCAGCACGAAAGGCAAAAAUUUCUCAGGAGCGGUGAUGGAUUGCAUGGCAUGAAACACCACAAAAGGUGUCAGUGCUGGGGAUGGGGGUUCCACCAUCCAGCCAGAUGAGAGCAGUCCAGGCAAACGCUGGUGAGACAACACUUGGCACCUUGCAGGAACAAUCUGCAGUGAUGGAGGGAAGGGCUUGGACAUAGAUGGUGCUUUGAGCAGAAGUGGGGUCUGCCGGAGUGGGAACAGCUGUGGGGCUGGGAGGGAAACAGAGACAGGAAUGAGACAGAUACACUUCCCCUCUGGGAGGAUGGGCUCAGGCAGCCUGAGGAAAAUGAGGCUAAAAUGAAAGGGAGGAAACCAGAGAAGAGAACAUGGAACGGGGGAGAUCACAGAGAACAACAGGAAGCAGCGCUGAGAUGACAGACAUGAAGGCUGGGCUUGUAGGAGAAAAGCAAAAAGAGAGUAAAAAAAAAAAAAAAAUUAAAAAAAAAUCAGGAAUAUUGUGCAAAAGACAGAAAAUUUCUUUAAAAAGUCCCAUAAAAGUGCCAACCACCCAGCUGCUGUAAGUAAAACUCCAGUACACUUACGUCAACACCACACCACAGAUCAGCACCAGGGGAGGAGGACCGGGGUUGUUUUUUAAUUGCUUGGAAAGGCUUUCAGCGAUGCAGAAUGUGAACUCCAGCUUCCACUGAUGUCAAAGGGAUUUAGAGGUGUGUACAGUCCCACAAACCAAGACCCAACUUGUCAAAGCGUGUGAGACAAGAUGUCGCAUUAACCCCUCGACAGGAGCCAGCUUUGCAUGUUGCUUGACCUGCAGCCCAAUGCCAGCUCACCUCGAUGGGACACAUGUGGCAGGGACACAAGGACACAGGACAGCUCUGCCUUGCCCACACCACACCAGGCUUUUGCUUUGCUCUCCCUGAUAAGCAGUGAGGUCCUUGGUUUGCACAGCCAGGCAUGAGAAGGGGUAAGAGGCAUCCGCUUUGCUGGUUGAAGUGAAAUGUUUGGCUUAUUGGCACAGCUUGUUUAGAUUGGCUCCCAGCACUCAGUCGAUGUUAUUAGAGAAAGCAAUAAAAAUGCAUUAAAUACUAAGAACUACAUUAAAACAACAUGGAACAUGCAACACAAACCAAGAAAAGCAAGGGGCUGAGUAUGGAGUCCGCCAUUCCCUCAGUCAUGAGUAUGAAUAUGGUGGAGCCAUGUCACAAUGGCGUUUGGAAAGGUAUAGCUGGAAAGCUCUCGCAUGCUGCAACACGGAAGAUUUCAUCCCCUUUUCCUCUCCAAACCACAGCUUCUAGAAAGACUUUGAAAUGCUGCAGUCAGCUCCUACGCCUCCCUGCUGAGCUCCUUCCAGACUGAGCUCUUAAACUUGCUAUGUUUUUGCCAAGAUCUAAUUUUCUUUUGACAACAUAUUAAAGGGCAGAUUCCCAUGCCACAGGGAGGGACUGUGAGAUGUCAUAACGGACACAUCCGUCACCUGUCUGGCCAGAGCUCACUGUUCUACCCCAAUUCUUCAGCUCCAUCAGACCUCUCAGUUACUUCUUUGGCCUUGAGAUAGGACACCAGGGGCUCUGGGAUCCCUAACUUAUCUGUUUUGUUAACUGAUUUCAGCCAUAGCCAGAUCCUCACUUUUCUACUGUACUACGAAAAUCACAACUGCAUGUUAUGCCCAGUUGAAAAGCAAGGUAACUAGCGUAAAGCCUGGAUUUCCCAAGGGAAUAAAGCUUUAAAUGGAGCACUGUGCGAGCCCAAUGUGUGUGAGUAGAUUUUGAUUGUGCCAGACUAUUUCAAGGAGACAGAGACAGGGAUUUCUCAGCACCCUAAAGGUCCCAGACAGGAGCUACAGAUGACAGAUGGAGGACAGGGACACCAUCAGCAUCCCCCAAGGAAAAGACAGCAGUGGAUGCUCCCUCUACACCAGACAGCAGAGAUGCCACAAAGGGCUGCACUCUGCACAGCUGUCCAGAAACCACCUUCCUCACCCAUCACCUCCAAGGCCUUUAGCAGUGACUCAUCCACGUGUUGCUGAAGCAGCAUAGCAAGGAAACCGGAGAGAGGAUCAACACACAAGGCAACGGGAGCUGCAGCGGGGCAACAGCUGUCCCUCAGCGCAUCCAUUGUUCUUGUGCAGAGAAGCAGCUUUAAGAAAGCGGUGUAAAUUACAGGAACUGGAUCACUGGCUUGAACAAUGUCAGCACGUCCCUUCAAGGGCAUUCACUCCCCCCAUGCCAUGAAAUGACAAGUUAUUAUUUAACAGCAGACCUCACACAGAGGAAUGUUUUUCUGUAUUCAUGACCUCUAACAAGUAUAGCAAUUGUUUACUAUACUCUGAGUGAUCCAGAAGCAGCUAUAAUGUGAUAAUUAUAGAGAAACCUUCCUAAAAAUACAUUUCUGAUGCAUCAGCAAAAACUCAGCAGGCCCCUCCAGCUGGCACUGUACGUAUGAGUUAAGCCCAGUUUGAGAAUCAGAUCAUGCACUACAUUUUGUACAGCUGUGCAAAGACUCCAACAAGAAGCUCUGGAGCAGAUGUCCUGUAGCAAUGGAGAGAAGGGCACGAAGAAGCAGAAGAGGCCAAAGCCACGUUUCUUGACUGAGUGGUCAGUGACAUGGGAAAGCAUCAGUUCCAUUUUCAAGUUGGAUAAACUAAGGCUCUGGAAAUCAGCAUACCUGCAUGGUGUUUGCUUUCUUUGCCCAGCACAGCACUUCCCUGGAGACCAGUGGGACUUCAGUCUCUGUAGCUCCUUGGCAGCAUCCACAUCCUUCUGUGCCUCAGUUUCCUCACCUACAGGACGGCCCAGAUGACAAACCCUGAACCUGGGACUGCGUUGAAGCUUGGGAAACACACAGCACCUUGAAAGAGGGCGUCUAUGGAAGCACGAACAGUCAUUUAUUGCUUCAAUUAAAAAGAGUGUGUCUUACAAUCCACUGUCUGUUUAUACUUGCGCUCCUUAUGGAUAUCUCUCUGAAAAGAACCCAGCCUUGGUAGCUCUCGGAUUUGGCGCAGCGUGCCAAAUAAUAAGCAGGCUCACCAACCCUUCUACAACACACUGUGCUUCUGUGUAACUUUACGGGCUGUGUUUGACUUGUCUGAACUUGAACAGUCAGCACUGAUUGAUUGGCUUCUAAAAAUACACAUCUGCCAUGGUUCGGAGUCCAGAGAGCUCCUGUUGAUUUAGAUGGAGACCUUGCUGGGAAGAGGCUAAAACAGACACCUGACACCAGGGCGCUGCUGUCCAGCCACUUGCUGCCUCCUGCACAGGGUGCUCUGAAUGUGGGGCUCCACUGUGCUCAACAGCCCUCCAUACCUCUGAGUGGAGAAAAAGGCAGGAAGAAAGCAGCCCUAUGGAUCCCUUCCCUCCCUGCAACUCCAUUUCCAGGCUGCCCUGAAGCUGAUGGUGAUAAGCAGAACAAACUUGCACAUAACCUGCCAAAGGGCUGAGCUCAGGCGCUGAGCACCUGCAGUUCCCAGCAGUCGAGGGGGUGCUCAGUGCUCCACUGAGCUGGGAAGGCUCCCAAAGAAAGGGAUGUGACUGCUGCAAGGGAGGUGCAUUGCACUGUAUACCCUGGAGGAGGCUGCAAGCACAUGAUUAUUGCAACAGAAGCCGCUAGGAGAAAAACCAGAUUACCAUUUCCAUUGGAGGUAAUAGGUGCCUUGUUGAUUUAUAACCCUGUCACUGCUGGCCAUUAAGCAAACGCUAUUGCAGCUCCUAGAUCCCGUUCCAUAGCACACUGAGUAAACCAUAGUCUCUGGCACAGUGUCCUGGAGAACUCCACUGGAGGGCAUAGGGCCACAGUUUCCCCCUGUAGUGCCUGUGAUGUGAGCACUCCCAGUUAUGUACACCCAGAUCACUACAGCUGAAGCUUCAGAAUGCAUUUUGGAAAAGGAAGGAGGUGUGGGGCUGCAGGGAGCCACAGCACAGAGCACAGGAGCUCAAGCAGAUGAAGUUUGCUACAGGGAAACUGUAGAAAGUCAGGAGCAAAGCAGCAUCUGUGCAUUCUGAGUGUGAUGCAUUGACAGCAGCGUGCUGGGCACUGGUGAGGAACGCAGCAGCACCAGGUUUGCUGAAGAUGUGAAACUGAGACAGCUUCCAACACUGUGCCCCACGCUGGCAGGUCCCAGGGUCACUCUGCUCACUACCUGCUGACAUCGGAGCUAACAAAAGACAAAGCAGAGUGCAGUCAAAUAUAUACACUGGAUGUUGCCAUGCUACUGAAUGCAGCUUAGCACAGCAGGACUUUUUCUAAAUGAUAUAUUGUAGUUAAGCUAAAAUCUAAAUAAUAAUUCUUACUUUGGCUCUCUGGAAGAUCACAGCCAGACAGCUGCCUGUGGAAUACCAGGGCUAGUGGAAGAAAUUAUUGGUAUUCUAGGAGCACACAGGACUGGAGAUGAUCACUGCAGCCAGACUGUUUUCACAGCAUCACAUGCCAACCCUUUUGUGUGUGGGUUAUGCAACAGGACCCGGCCCUGCUCUCCUGAUGCAAGGUCUUGCAGAACCUGGUUGCUCCAAGGCCCAGAACCCUCAUUUCCACUAAACCAGUGCACUCUCUUCAGCUCCACCACAUUGAACAUCCCACAUGGUCACUUCUGUGCUACUCACUGUUCCUGUCAUCUUCUGAGUUCUGCUUCGGAUUUCUCCUUCCCAAAGACAGAUGAUGGGAACUGGCUGCGACUUUCCAGACGGAGUUGAGCAGUUCCUUGUAUGGUGGCAGUAGUGCUUCCCCAUCUUUACUGGAAAUAUCUUGCCUAAUAAACCCGAUGAUCUCA